UCCGAUGUCGCCGUCUCCGCCGCCGCCGCCGCGGCGGCGGGGAAGAAGAACAGGACGUUCAAGAAGUUCAGCUACCGCGGCGUGGAUCUCGACGCGCUCCUGGACAUGCCGACGGACGACCUGGUGAAGCUGUUCACGGCCCGGGCCCGGAGGAGGUUCAGGCGUGGGCUGACGAGGAAGCCCAUGGCUCUGAUCAAGAAGCUGAGGAAGGCCAAGAGGGAGGCCCAACCAGGGGAAAAGCCCGAGCCCGUCAGGACCCACCUGAGGAACAUGGUCAUUGUCCCCGAGAUGAUCGGGUCCGUGAUCGGAGUGUACAAUGGGAAGACGUUCAACCAGAUCGAGAUCAAGCCCGAGAUGAUCGGUCACUACUUGGCCGAGUUUUCGAUCUCGUAUAAGCCCGUGAGGCACGGGAAGCCCGGUGUCGGUGCGACUCACUCUUCCAGGUUCAUUCCUCUCAAGUGA